CAUCUCUCGGGGGAGACGGCGCCGCUCAGGAGGACAACCAUGAGGAAGCAGAUCGACAUCAAACGUGCCCUCGUUCUCGCCGGCACCUUCAACUUCCUGUGCUGGUGUGCUAAAGCCAGCCUGCUCCCCUUCCUCACGCUGUACUUCCGACAGCUAGGCCUGUCUCCUGCCAUGACGGGGAUCGUCAUGGGAACCAAGUGCCUCAUAACGCUGGUGUGGAGCCCCGCGGCGAGUCUCCUCGCCAAGCGCUACAACAAGAGACGGGUGGUGAUUACCUGCUCCCUGGUGCUGUCUGCUGCCGCUGCUCUGCUGCUGCUGCUCAUCCCACCCAUCGAUGUGCCCGGCGCACGAAAUGAAACCUGUAAAAUGUACAAUACAAGCGUUUUUCCGACUCAGAGUCUGGGUGAUGACCUUUUCGUGACUGGUACUAGACCCGCAGUGACGCAUCCCAAAACCCUCGUCACCGUUCCCUCCAAAAGCUUCAAUGGUACUAAACCUUCUCCAGUAGUCACGACCAAAUCAUCACUUGUUCCAAAUGACACAGAAAAGCUCCAGCCUGGACUGUCAAACUCCUCGGCGGUCCAGCAUGGACUGUCAAACGCCUCGGCGGUACUCGCCAGCGUUCCUGGAGAAUCAGAGAUGAACAUAUCUGUCGUGGAUCCUACCGUCACCUCCUUGGUGACGUCCGUGAGAAACAAAAGGUCCAAGUUCAAAUCGGAGCAGGCGGAGGAGAAGUACAGGAAUAGUCUGGGGUUCCUGGGAAGCCUGAAAGAGAUGGAUGUUCACAACCAACUCUUCUUCCUGAUCCUUUUCCUGGUGUCGGUGUGGGAGUUGGUGUCGGCCCCUCUGGACUGGACGGCGGACGACGGCCUGUAUGAGUACCUGGACUUCGCCGAUGCUUCGGAUCGCCACAGCGGCGCAGAGGUGUGGGGUUUACUGGGGGCGGCGUGUGGCGUCGGGGGAGCGGGGCUGCUAGUCAGCCAGCUGCGCUGUCUCAUAGCCGCUCACACCCCCAGGACAGCGGUGCAUUUCUUCUGCUACGCCGGCCUGGCCGUCCUGGCCCUGCCUGCAGCCGUCCACUUCCCCCUGUACCUGAGCAGAAAGAGAGAGCGGGCCAACGGGCUCCUGAAAGCCCUGCAGCUGGUGCACGGCUCCCCCCACGCCCUGCUCUGUGCCGUCACCGUCUUCCUGGUCGGGGUGGCCGGUUCGGCCGUGGAGAACUUCCUCCUCUGGCAGAUGCAGGAUCAGGGGAGCAGCGAGCUGCACAUGGGACUCGCCUUAGCCCUCGCUCUGCUCUCGCGAGCCUCCUUCCCCCUUCUGGCCGGAAGACUCUCUAAAGUCCUGAGUCCGAGGAGAGUGCUGGUGGUGGGGGCCACAGGCCUGGGGUUGCAGUGCUUCUACUACUCCCUGCUCCGCGGGGCCUGGGCCGCCCUGCCUGCUCAGCUGCUGAGCUGCCUCAGCGGCGGGGCCCUCUGGUGGGCCGUGAACAUCCAGUGUGAGGAGGUGGCCACGCCGGGGGCCGAGAAGAGCCUGAGGAGGGUGUACGGCUCUCUGCUGCUGCACCUGGGAAGUGGACUGGGGAGCUUUGCUGGAGGGUUUGUGGCGCAGAGGUUCGGGCUGGAGUGGCUGUUCAGGGGGGCGGCCGUGGUCCUGAUGGCGUGGUGUGUGUCUCUGCCGCUGCUCCAGUGGAAAGCCCCUCGCCAGCGCAGGAUCAACUACUCUCGCCUGCUGGCAGCCGAUGCAAGCGAAGCCAGUGACUCCGACUCUGACCAGGACUGGCUUGACAAAGCUAUGGAAGACGACAGGGGACCCAAUAACCACGGACGGAGGAUAAACCCCUGAAACCAAUAAACUCAAUACUGCAAAAAUAAAACUGAUUGAUUAAAUAACAUCCAGUGGAUAGAGGAAGCACUCUUUCACCAAAUCAAAUUGUAAAAUAAUUGUUCUCAGCUUGGAAAAGGGGAUCAAACCUGCAUUAAGAUUAUGCCAAUCUUUAUUAUAACGUAGCACAGUCCAGACAGGCAUGAUUUAAUUCCUCCCCUGAAGAGUUUAAUUAUAGUCUGAGCAUCGAUUCUAAACAGUCAUUACUUUAUCAUCUGAAGCAUUAUGUCGGUUCUGGGGGUGUCAGGGCUACUGAUUUAUUGAAAGACUUGUCUCUGAGUCUUUUGUUAGUGUGUCAUGCAAAGGAUUCUUAUGCAAACAUGGCAGCGGGAUUAUGGGUUGUCCAAAGACGCACCUCCACCGUGCCGGUUCAGCAGCUUAGAAACAGCGAAGCCUCUCAGAGGCAUUGCAAACACAAGACAUUGUGCUGGCAUCCUGUUGCACCACAAACACACUGUCAAUCUUCAGGAAAAUAUCCCCACUGGCUGCUGUUGGUUACCAUGUCUGUGUCAGGACUCUAAACUAUUAAAC